AGAACCUCUACCACUAACCUACCAUGAAUUAAAUAGCAGAGUCAGACACUUCUUCCCUAUUGACCCAUUACUCAAAGAAACAAAUAUCCGAGAUAUAGCAGAGACACUCAGAAAAUAUUACAAGUUCAGGAGUAUACCAAAUGAUUUUUUCGUACAAAAACCUACCCUACCUGAAACUACACACCCAAUACAUUUACCCAAUUACCAAUGA